CUUCAGUUCUCUCUCUCUCUGCUGCUCUGUAUGUGUCAGAGUUAUUAUUUAUUACUUUUUUGUGUUAAAACAACGUCGCUGUCUUUUAUUCUAACUCGUCCACUUGAUCAUCAUUUUCAGUCGACACCAUGAUGGUGUGGUCCUUCCAUUUAUUUUUUUCUAUCCCAAAUUGAUGAUUCAUUUGAAUGAAAGAUCCCUGAUUGCAAUUACUCAAAUUCCUCUAUGAUUAGUAUGUGUACCUUAUCUCCAAAAUGAGUCCUUCAUAAAGAUCGACUGACUUUGACUUUUUAAAGCAGAAGCAAGCAACGUCAAAUCGUGUAUUGUUAUAGAUUUACUAAGUAAGUGUAAUACUAAGUUGCCGAAAAUCUCAAACAAGAAUAGACAGCAAGGGAAUGGAUCAAGAAAAAUAUGUGAACCACAGUGAUGAUGUGCUUGACAUUGAAAAUGAGGGUCUGUUGGAUGGGAAGGAGAUUGAGAGGUGCAGGUCAGAGGUAUCGGACAAAAGCUUAUCAUACACAAAGCCGCUUCUGGUGAAGAGGAUCAACACCACCUCCCAGAUUGCCAUUGUUGGUGCCAAUGUUUGCCCCAUUGAGAGCCUUGACUAUGAGAUUAUUGAAAAUGAAUUAUUUAAGCAGGACUGGAGGUCACGGAAGAAGAUUCAGAUAUUUCAGUACGUUUUACUCAAGUGGGCAUUUGCACUUCUUAUUGGGCUAGGUACUGGACUAGUUGGCUUCUUCAACAAUAUUGCAGUUGAGAAUAUAGCUGGUUUCAAGUUGUUGCUGACUAGCAAUCUCAUGUCUGAGGACAAAUAUUUCAAGGCUUUCGCAGCAUAUGCUGGUUGCAAUGUAGGUUUAGCUGCUGCUGCUGCAGCUCUUUGUGCUUUCAUUGCUCCAGCAGCAGCAGGAUCUGGUAUUCCUGAGGUGAAAGCCUAUCUCAAUGGUGUGGAUGCUUAUUCAAUACUAGCUCCAAGCACUCUCUUCGUAAAGAUUUUUGGAUCUGUUCUUGGUGUUUCUGCGGGCUUUAUGGUGGGUAAAGAAGGGCCUAUGGUCCACACAGGUGCUUGCAUAGCCAAUUUACUGGGGCAGGGGGGUUCUCGCAAGUACCAUUUGACUUGGAAAUGGCUAAGAUACUUCAAAAAUGACCGGGACCGGAGAGACAUGAUCACUUGUGGUGCAGCUGCUGGUGUGGCUGCUGCUUUUCGUGCUCCAGUCGGUGGUGUCCUAUUUGCCCUAGAAGAGGCAGCUUCAUGGUGGCGGAGUGCUCUACUUUGGAGGACCUUUUUUACAACUGCAGUAGUUGCCAUAGUUUUGAGGGCUUUCAUACAAUACUGUACCACUGGAAAAUGUGGGCUAUUUGGUGAAGGAGGUCUUAUAAUGUAUGACGUCAGUUCUGCCAGUGCAACUUAUAGUGCACCAGAUAUAUUAGUAGUAAUUUUCCUAGGAAUUAUUGGAGGCAUUCUUGGAAGCAUAUAUAAUUAUUUUGUGGACAAGGUCCUUCGCACUUAUAGCAUCAUCAAUGAAAGAGGUGCUGUUCUCAAGAUCUUACUAGUUAUCACCAUCUCACUCUUGACUUCGUGUUGUUCUUUUGGUUUGCCAUGGAUUGCAAAGUGCAUGCCCUGCCCCACUGACUUGUCAGUGAGCUGUCCCACUGUUGGUAAAUCUGGAAACUACAAAAGCUUCCAGUGCCCAUCAGGGUACUACAAUGACCUUGCCUCCCUAUUUCUAAAUACUAAUGAUGAUGCUAUUCGCAACCUGUUCAGCACUAGUACUGUGAAAGAAUUUCAUAUUUCCAGUCUUUUCAUCUUCUUCGGUGCCGUUUAUUGCCUUGGAAUUAUCACUUACGGAAUUGCUAUUCCCUCUGGUCUCUUUAUCCCUGUCAUACUAGCUGGAGCUUGCUAUGGACGUCUUGUUGGGAGAUUAUUUGAAUCACUCUCCUCUCUUGACACAGGCCUCUUUGCCCUUCUUGGAGCUGCAUCCUUUCUUGGUGGCACCAUGAGAAUGACUGUUUCCCUAUGUAUUAUAUUGCUGGAGCUCACCAAUGACUUAUUAUUGCUUCCCCUUGUGAUGUUGGUUCUCCUGAUCUCAAAAACUGUGGCUGAUAACUUCAACAAGGGUGUCUAUGACCAAAUACUGAAAAUAAAGGGUUUGCCUUAUUUGGAGGCUCAUGCAGAACCCUACAUGAGGCAUUUGGUUGCACGAGAUGUUGUUUCUGGUCCACUGGUCAUCUUUUCCGGCGUUGAAAAGGUAGGGAACAUAUUACAUGCUUUGAGGACAACAGGGCAUAACGGGUUCCCUGUGAUUGAUGAACCACCUUUCUCAGAGGCACCAGAAUUGUGUGGGGUCGUUUUGAGGUCUCAUUUACUAGUUUUGCUGAAGGGAAAGAACUUUUCAAUGGAUAGGGUGGUUACUGGGGAUGAUAUCUUGCAAGGAUUUGCUGCAUUCGAUUUUGCCAAGGCAGGUUCUGGGAAGGGAAUCAAACUUGACGAUCUAGAUAUUAAAGUGGAAGAGAUGGAAAUGUAUAUUGAUCUUCAUCCUAUUACCAAUGCAUCCCCAUACACAGUGGUUGAGACGAUGUCACUAGCCAAAGCUGCAAUUCUCUUUCGGCAACUUGGUCUCAGGCACAUGUGUGUUGUACCAAAGAGUCAAGGGAGGCCUCCAAUUGUUGGAAUUCUGACACGGCAUGACUUCAUGCCAGAGCACAUUUUGGGACUCUAUCCUCAUUUCAACCCUGACAAGUAGAGCAACUGAAUGUUUGAUAGUCGGUCAUCUCUCUUAUUACAUUGUUCCAUUCUGUGUUUCUGGAUGAUCAAAUUUGUAUUUUAACUACUAGAAGUGAGAUCUUUAUUAUAAAAGCAUUUAACGGCAAACAUUCUCAGUUGUACAGAUAUAAAUGGAGUCACCACAAAGAAACUCAAGUCUUCUAAACAGUGAGGACAAUGUAUACAAAUUCAUUCUUGAAACAAUCCGGUACUCCUGGAUAGACACCUUUGAAACACAA